AUGGCGCCGGGGGGCUUGAAACGGCGCCGGGCCAGCGGAGCCCUCAGCCUUGUGUCAGGGAGCGGGAGUCUGCCCAGGCCGCUGAGGCUGCGGAUGAUAAACCCCCCGAACAGGCUGAGGCCACUUGGCAGACUGCAAGUAGUACUACAACAUUUGAAGAUGUCUAAGCAUACAGAUUCCACAGCUGAAGUGUUGUUGGAGAAGAAAGGAUGUGCAGGAAUAAUAACUUUGAAUAGACCUAAGGCUCUCAAUGCUAUAAAUUUUUCUAUGAUCCGACAAAUCUAUCCACAAAUAAAGACUUGGGAGCAAGAUCCUGAAACUUUUCUGAUAAUUAUAAAGGGAACUGGAGGAAAAGCUUUUUGUGCUGGGGGUGACGUCAGAGCCCUCAGAGAUGCAGGAAUAGCUGGUGAUAGAAUGGCACAAGAUUUCUUCAUAGAAGAAUAUUCCCUGAACAAUGCUGUUGGCACUUGCAAGAAGCCAUAUGUGGCACUCAUUGAUGGCAUUACAAUGGGAGGGGGAGUUGGUGUCUCAGUCCAUGGACAUUUCCGAGUGGCUACAGAAAAGACACUUUUUGCAAUGCCAGAAACAGCAAUAGGCCUUUUUCCUGAUGUAGGGGGAGGAUAUUUCUUGCCAAGAUUAUCAGGAAGGAUUGGCUAUUACCUUGGACUAACUGGAAGUAGGCUGAAGGGAAGAGAUGUGCUAAAAGCUGGCAUUGCCACACAUUUUGUGGAUUCUGAAAAGCUGCCUGCCUUGGAGAAGGAUCUGACAGCCCUGAAAUCUCCUUCAAUAGAAGAUGUUGCAGACUUACUGAACUCUUACCAUGCAAAGAGCAAAGCUGAUCAAGACAAGCCCUUUGUACUUGAUGAACAUAUGGAGAAGAUUAACAGUCUUUUUUCAGGAAAUAGCAUGGAAGAAAUUGUAAAAAAAUUAAAGCAAGAUGGUUCUGCUUUUGCCAAUAAGCAGCUGGAGACUAUUAACAAGAUGUCACCUACAUCCUUAAAACUGACUCUCAGACAGCUCACAGAAGGAGCUUCCAUGAGCUUACAAGAGGUACUCAGGAUGGAAUACAGACUGAGCCAAGCAUGCAUGAAAGGCACUGACUUCUAUGAAGGGGUUCGAGCAGUGCUGAUUGACAAAGACCAGGCCCCCAGAUGGAAGCCAGCUGCUCUAGAAGAAGUCAGUGAUGAAUUUGUGGACAAUUGUUUUAAGCCGUUGGGAAACAACGAUCUCAAGUUGUAAAGACCAAGCCUGUUGACAUCUUUUGUAGCAGGUCACAGAUACAAAUUUUGGCUUCUCUGAGGAUGAACCUUUGAGACUAAAGGAUCAGGUAUAGUCAUUCCAUCAGCACUGGGGAAUCAAAAAGUCAGAGCUGCAGCAGAACCAUGAUGGAGUUUUCAACACUGGGCCAUUUUUAUUGCCAACAUUAAUGGUCUACACUGGCUUAAGGCUCCCUCCUUCCUAGAAGCUGUUGCCUGGAAAUCAAAACCAGAAAAUUCAAGCAUCAAGGUGAGCUGUUAGAGUGACUUUCAAUGACUUAGAGGUGAACACAAUGGAGAGAAUCUCAAGAAAAAAUGGCACCUUACUUUGUCAGUAGAAUCUUCAAGGUGAAAUGGUUAAAAAUGUAGCUGCAAGUCGGUGUUAGCACAUAAUUUGUUACACAGUGGUCCUUGGGUUUGCUGUCAGAAGCAGGUGAGAGCUUUCAUCAUUACCUGUAGGGUAAUUCUGAAAAUAGGCCUUGAAUUUCUACCUGCUGCUGGCUCCAUAAGAAACUUAGACCUCCACUUCUUACUUUACAAAAAUGUUUGUGUGUUUUAGAUUCUUCAGAAAUGGCUAUUUUUAAUUUAUUUAAAAAAAAAAUUAAUAGUUCAUUCCAUGAGUUCUAUCCAAAAGGAGCAAUGUUCAGUGGCCAUAUUUAAUGCAAACCACAGCAAUCCCCAGGGAGCAGAUGUGAUAUUGCCUUUUCUGAUUGAAAAGAAAAACGUUUUAGCAAGAGGAUACUGCUGAAUCAAUAAACUUUGACUUGC